UUGGGGGCUUGGGUUUUCCGAUCAUGACGGCUGACUCAACAGCCCCGAGUUAUUGGUUGAACUGGAAAUUCUUAGUCUGUGCAACAUGGGUCCUAAUAGCAACGGUGUUUUCAGCUCUUUUGAUAUGGAGACAUGAAGGAUCCAGAAAGCAGUCGAGUGGCGAAAGUCAACACGAGGCUGCCGGAUGUUUGUACGAAGAUGAAGUUUGGUCAACGUGUUCGAAAUCAGUGCACCCCAUUUGGCUGCUUGCUUACAGGAUAAUUGCUUUCUGUGCAUUACUUGCAUUGCUUCUCGUUGAUAUCGUCACCCUUGGUGCUAUCCAGUGGACAUUUACUUUGGUCACAAUUUACUUUGGGGUUGGGUCUUUUCUCUCUAUCCGUGGAUGUUUACAUUACUAUCGUGAAGGGAAAGUGAAAAUGGAUUGCCAAACUUGUACGGAGUCAAAAAAUGGUUCCUAUGUACCACCAUCACUCGUGGAGAGUGCUGUGGGGCCCAGCCAGAGUGAAGGAUCGAGUCAUUGUGGUGAACCUAAUAUCAGAACUUUUGCAUCUUCCUUGGGAUAUGCCCUGCAAAUAAUUUUUCAGAUGUGUGCUGGGUCUGUGGUGCUCACUGAUUCUGUCUUUUGGGUGGUACUCUAUCCGUAUAUCGCUGCUAGAAGAUUGAAUUUCCUAAUUGUUAGUAAGCAUUCUCUGAACGCUGUUUUUCUUCUGGGUGAUGCAAUUUUAAACCACCUGUCUCUUAAAACACUCUUUCGAUUACUACUAGAUUUAGAGUUUGAGAUUAAUGGCAUUAACAAGUUCUUACAGCGAUUCCCCUUCUUCCGGAUAGCAUAUUUUGUUCUGUGGACGUGCAUAUACGUCAUUUUCCAGUGGAUCGUGGCCUUAUCCUUUUCUGGACUUGUCUUCUCCAUAUGCUCCAUUGUGGUACUUGGGUGUUGGAUUGCUGCUUCUUCCAUGUUUUGGGAUCUGUUGUCUCAUCUUGAGGUUGAAGAGAUGUUUCACAGCGACAUGACAGAUGGGCUUUGCUCAAAUCUAAAAUACAUUCGCAAGCAAGCUGAGACU